AUGACAGCGUUGUUCCACCAACAAGGAAUAGAAUUCAUGAAAUGGCAAAAUAUCACCUUAAUUGAAAAAGAAAAUAUCCUGAUGACUAAAGUGGAACAGGCUGCGACUGAUCUCCUACUUAUAUAAUAACAACAAACAUGUCCGCGAUCAAUAA